AGCAUUUUUUCGACCAUAAAGCACAUGCUGCCGAGUUUUCAUCGACUUUUGUACUCUUCUGUUUGUUGAACUAAGCGAAAAGCACCUUGCGCACAUUUAGCGCAACAAAACCCUCUUAAUCACACUGUCAAAGCUACUUCCUGUUAGCAACCAAUCCGCGACGCCGUUCGUGGUUUCCAUGGGGCUGUUGACAACCGACAACUGCUGCCCUUUCUGUUUGCUAGCUAGCUAACUAGCAAGUUGAAGAAUUAACAAGGCGAACUAACUCUAUUGGAAACUUGUCUUUAUCAAUUGUGAAUAGUUGUUUGCCACCGUCACCAGUGAGUCGGGUGGAUUGAUUUUUAAAGGUUUAUUUGCAGGUUGGUUUGCCUGUUAGUCGACGUCAGAGAGAGCUAACGUUAGUUAGCUAGCGGCUAAUCAGAAAAGACGAGGACUCGUUAAUUUAGCUAGCUACUGCAAGCAAGUUUGGUAUCGUUCAAAAUGAGCGAACAGCUUAAAUUCAUCGUUGAACAGCUCAACAAGGACCCAUUCAGGAAAAACUUUAACCUCAUCACGUUUGACUCCCUCGAACCGAUGCAGCUGCUGCAGAUUCUGAAUGAUGUUCUGGCUGAAAUAGACCCAAAGCAAGCUAUAGAUAUCCGUGAAGAAAUGCCUGAACAAACCAUAAAGAGAAUGUGUGCUCUGCUGGGGAUGCUGAAAUACAAACCUCCUGGCAACCUCUCUGAUGUGAGCAGCUUCAGACAGGGCUUGGUGAGUGGCAGUAAGCCCGUGGUCCACCCUAUCCUCCACUGGCUGCUGCAGAGGCUCCCUGAGCUGAAGAAAAGGGCUUAUCUGGCUCGUUUUCUGGUCAAACUGGAGGUGCCUGCGGAGUUUCUGCAGGAUGAUGUUAUCAAUGACACCUUUCACCAGUACGAGGAGCUGGUGGAAGGUUUCAAGACGUAUCACAAGGAGUGUGAGCUGCUGAGGACUUCAGGCUUCUCCACAGCAGAAAUCAGAAGGGACAUCAGUGCGAUGGAGGAAGAGAAAGACCAACUAAUCAAACGUGUGGAGAGGCUAAAGAAGAAGGUGGAGUCCGUGUCCAACCAUCAGCGGAUGCUGGAACAGGCCAGACAGCUGCGAGUGGAGAAGGAAAGAGAGGAGUCGCUGACUCACCAGAAGCAAGAACAGAAGAACCAACUGUUCCAGGCCGAGCAGAGACUGCAGCGAUCGCAGCAGCAGUUGAAGGAUGUACAGCAGGCGGCAGCAGACGCCGACCCAGAGAGCUUAAUGAAGAGGCUUGAAGAGGAGAUCAAGAUCAACUCCUACAUGGUCUCAGAGAAACUCCCCAAAGAGCUGGAUGGUAUGCGGCGGACAGUGCAGUACCUGCAGAAAAUAGCAUCAGAGCCCGCCAUGGGCCAGGCCGAUCUCCAGGAGCUGGAGGACCAGAUUAAAGAAGUGGAUUCUCAGAUAAACCAGCUGAUUGAGAAGAGGAUGAUGAGAAGUGACCCCAUGGAUGACAAACUGACCCUUUACAGACAACAGGCCUCCAUCAUCAUUCGAAGGAAGGAGUCAAAGGCGGAGGAGCUUCAGGAAGCGAGGGAGAAGCUUGCUGCAGUCAAGAGGGGGCUAAGGCAGAGGAGCAGCCAGGCAUCCACAGAUGGGGGGGAGGACAUCCGGGGGGAUGAGCUGAAACGUUUGGUGGUGAAAUUGCGCAGCAAGGGAACAGUAUAUAAGAAGAAACGCCAGGAAAUUGCUGAGCUGAAAGCAGAAUAUGGAGUCCUGCAACGAACCGAGGAGAUUCUCAGGCAGAGACAUGAGACCGUCCAACAGAAACUGCAAACUAUGGAAGCUGAGAAGGGCAUCUCUGGUUACAGUAACACUCAGGAGGAACUGGAGAGGGUGUCGGCCAUCAAGAGCGAACUGGACGAGAUGAAGGGCCGCACACUGGAUGACAUGUCUGAAAUGGUGAAGAAAUUAAACUCUACGAUAGUGGAGAAGAAGUCAGCUCUAGCACCCAUUAUAAAAGAACUGAGGUCACUGAGAGAGCAGUGUCAGGAGCUAAACCAGGAAUAUGAGGAAAAGAAGGCGCAAUAUGAAACUUGUACUGCUGGUUUGGAGAGCAACAGAUCUAAAUUGGAGCAGGAGGUGAAAGCAUUGACAGAGGAGACAGCACAGGAGGAAAACCGAUAUCAUUAUAUCAACUCCAUGUCCGAGAUCAUUGAGAUGCAAAUACAGCGGGCGGCUGAAGAGAUGAAGGCCUAUGUGUCCUCUGAUCCACAAGAGAAGAAGAAGGCCAUCAGGGAAGUUUACCUGAAGAACAUUUCAGAACAGGAGUUACUUGGCAAGAAGUUACGUGAGAAGCAGAAGAUGGUGAGGGAGAGCCACAGCGGCAACAUGGAGCAGAUGAUGAUGUGGCGUGAUCUGGAGCAGCUGAUGGAGUGCAAGAGGCAGUGCUUCAUAAGAGCUCAGAGCCAGGCAUCUAUUGGUCAGGUCAUCCAGGAGGGAGGAGAGGAUAGGCUGGUGCUGUGAGGACCUGUAGGCAGGGUCAACUAUAGGUACCCACAGGUCCAACUUAAUAUUCUAUAUCUUCCUGUAACAUGCCUAAAUCUUUUUACAAUAUAGUUGUUACUGUACACCAGGGGUGUCAAACUCAAUUUCACAAAGGGCCACACUGGAAAAUGGGAAUCACAUCAAGAGCUAGACAUGUAUAGUUUAUUGACUAUUGCUUUUAUUUAAUCGAAAAAGUAUUAAAAGUAAAAAUAUUUUUUGUUGGUCAGUUUGGUCCACAUAAAGCCCUAAAAAGUCAGCAAAAAAGUUCCUUAGCCAUCAUAGAAUUUAGCGAAUCAAGCAAAACUAUGCAUUCUGAUUACAUUUUUAAAACCAGGCUACCACACAGCCGACUCACAACUGUGUUUCACAGGCCUGAAUAUGAAAACUCUGGUUGUGUGGCAAUUUCUGAGUCUCAAAUCGGCAAAUCUGCCAAAUUCUGCUUUGAGUGACGCAUAAUUGCAGUUUGAAAACCCGUUUCCCGUCUUUUUGGUUUGGCACACAACUAGGCAGGCCAAAAUUUAUAGUAAACCUAAAUUGAUAUACGGGCCGGAUCAAAUCUUGUGAGGGGCUGCACACUAUAACCCAAUGUUUGUUUCAUUGUUCAUGGGGUUCAUCUUUAAUUACGUCUUGUCUGUUACACACUGCCAGUCGUGUUUAACUUGAUACUUUAUCUUGUGUAAGCACCACAUAUCUUGUUGAUGACACCGUUUGAGAUCCUUUGAGAAUCCACAACUUAAGGAACACAUGUAUUGGGAGGUGUUGCAGGACUCGGUUUUUUUUAACUUUCUCUGGCCCCUGGAGAUUCCAUUUUACUAAGUCUUUAAGAAUAUGCUUUCAAUCAAAGUGUCUGAAGAUAACAGCAUACAAAGUGGUGCACUUGGGAUGUGGCCGCGGUCAACUAUUUUUGGCAUUGACUACCAUGACCUUGGACAGGGUGUCUUGCCAAUUUUGGAAUUCACAGGGACCUCCAUUGCUAUGGACAGUGCAGAUGAAAUGAUAAUAUUGUUCUGCUUGUUUUUAUUUUAUAUUAUAACAUACACUAUUAUUCUAUAAUAGAUCCUUAUUUCAA